AGGUUAGAGUGUGGAUUAGAGAGAGAGAUUUCUGUGUUGAAGGGAUGUGCUUUGUGCUUACAGUUCUUCACAGUGAAAGAGGUGGAAAGAGAAUGAAAGCUAGAGAGAUGGAGAGACACAGAAAGGAGAGUGGGUAUAUCUCACUCCUUCCUUUGCAGCCUGCCAUGGAUAACAUAUUUCCCAGCCUGACCAUUGGGUUAUUCGGAAACUCAUCAUCAGUCCAAUUUGCACAUGAAAACAUCCUACUUGGGGAAAAACAGACACAUAUGGAAAAUGCUGAAGUAUUCAGGAUUGAUCCUUUACAGAAGAAGAUAUCAAAACAUCACGUGUCUGUGAUCAACAUGAUUGACUUACAUGAAACUGAACUUUACCUGGACUGUGUGGAUCAUCUCAUUGGUCAACUAGUUAAUGAAAAUGAAAUCCAUGCCUUCAUCUUUGUUGUGCGACUGGGCCAGUUAACCAAUGAUGAUAAGAUGUGUUUUGAAUGGCUUCAGAGAGUGUUUGGAGACAGCGUUCUUCAGUUUGUGAUGAUUCUUUUCACCUAUGAGAGGGAAGAAGAGUGUGACACUAUAAAAGAUGAUCUAAAGAAAAACCCUGAUCUGGAGCUGCUGCUGGAGAAAUGUAGAGGAAGAUUUCACACCUGCAACAAGAUGAUGAACAACCAGUCAGAGAUGAGAGAGCUGAUGAACAAGAUUGAGCAUCUUUUUAAUGAGAAUAAACACCAGUGCUACACUGGAGUGAUGUUCAACACUGCAUCAAGAAAAAGAAAAGAGCUAGAAACAAGGAAACAUCAAUGUGCCCACACACCAGAAAUGGAACCAAAUGCACAAUUGAAGUUAGUUUUACUGGGGAAAAAACGAGCUGGGAAGACUGCAUCAGUGAACUCAAUACUGGGACGAGAAGCUUUCAUGUUAAAGAAGAGCUCCAAAUCAGUCACUCGAGUUGUAGCUGAGAAAUCUGGGACAGUUGAUGGGUUUCCAGUCACUGUUUAUGACACACCUGGAUUCCAUGACCCAAAGAUGAGAACAGAAGAGAUUCAGCAGAUACUUGAAAAGGUUAUUCAAAAAUGUGAAUCAGGUCCCUGUGCGUUUUUGCUGGUCAUCAAAGCUGAUAGUUUUACUGUAGAAGAGAGAGAAACUGUAGAGAAGAUUGAGAAGCUGCUGGGAGAAAAACGCUUGGAGAAAACCUGGAUUCUCUUCACCAGAGGAGAUGAAUUACAGGAUGAAAACAAGACCAUAAAAGAAUUCAUCAGUGAGACUGAAGCACUGGAAAAACUUGUUCAGAAAUAUGAUCAGAGAUACCAUGUGUUCAACAACAAGAUUAGAGGACAGAGUGACCAAGCUAGAUUACUGCUGGUAAAAAUCCUCCAGAGAUCUUUUGGAGUAAAGGAUGGAGGGGGACUCAGACGGAUUCAUGUCAGUCCAAACACUCGUAAUGAACCAGACACUCCUGUCUCCAGUCUCUCAUCAAGACGGAUUGUUCUUCUUGGUAAAACUGGAGUUGGGAAGAGUGCAGCUGGAAACACAAUACUGGGACAGAAAGAGUAUAUAUCUGAGAUGAGAAUGAAUUCAGUAACCAGUGUUUGUUCAGAAGCUCACGUCACUGUUUCAGGCAGAACUGUGUCUGUAGUUGAUACUCCUGGAUUCUUUGACACAAAGAUCAAAGCUGAAGAGUUAAUGACAGAGAUAGCGCGAAGUGUUUAUUUAUCCAGUCCUGGACCUCAUGCUUUUCUCAUUGUGUUUAGAGUAAUUGAUAGAUUCACUGAACAGGAGCAGCAGAUUCCUCAGAUCAUUGAGAUGAUGUUUGGUCAGGAGGUGUUAAAAUACUCCAUCAUUCUCUUCACUCAUGGAGAUCAGCUGAGAGGACAAAAUAUAGAUUACCUCAUUAAGGAGAACUGUCAAUUAAGACAUCUACUUGAUCAGUGUGGAGGAAGAUAUCAUGUCUUCAAUAAUGAAAAUCAGAAUAACAGAGAGCAGGUGAAUGAUCUACUGCAGAAGAUUGACACAAUGAUAGAGCAGAAUGGAGGAGGACACUACAGUAAUCAGAUGUUUGAAGAUGCUCAGAGAUUCAGACUAGAUGAAGAAGAGAGGAGUCUGAGAGAGGAAGAGGAGAGAAAACAACAAGAGGAUGAACACAGACCAGAUGAGACUGAGGGAAUGUUAAAAGAGGACAUGAAGGAGUUAAAGGCUCAAAAUAACUCUAAUAUAGAAAGACAAAGUGAAAACCCUGAAUUUGAAAAAUUUUUAACCAUGUAUCAGCCAAAUUUGCGUCUAUCAGCUUUUGCACUUGGUCGACAUAUGAUUGCUGGUGAAUUAAUUGGUGUGUGUAUUGGUGGGGCUGUUGGUGCAGCUUUUGGACUUAUUGGUGGCCCUGCUGGUGCUGCUGUUGGUGCAUUUGUUGGUGUUGCUGUUGGUGGAGCUGUUGGAGCUGCUGUUGGUGCAGCUGUUAGUAAAGUUAGGCAUAAUGUGUGACAAAUUCUCCUGGCCCACAGGUUUAGGGGACCCAAAACACAGUUCUGGCAAAUAUUGUAUAUGCUUCUGCCAAAUAACUUUAAAUUUAAACAUUCACAUGGUCCAGAAUUCCUGUUACUGUAUCACACUAGUUCUUGGUAAGUAAAAUAAAUAAAUGUUCAAUAAAUGAUUCUAUUUAUACAUUUACAGUUAUUAUACCAUUUAAAAUAUUGGAUAACAUAAACUUGGAUAAAACAUUGGAUUAUGGGAAAUUGGUGUGAUUUUUUUUAAACAAUUAUUUUUGAAUUUCUAUUAAUUUUUGUUUUUGUUAAAUUAAGGCGGGAUUCAAAUGAAUGUAUGAAGGUGAGAUUUAAAAGAAAUGCUGUAUGUGGCAAUAAAGUUGUGUUGCAAUAAUCAUGAUUUAAUGUCAUCAAAAUGAAUAGACUCACAUUAAAAUAGAUUUACUAUGAUUUAAUGCAG